UCAAACAAGCAGUGAACAUUUGCUGCCAUGCAGCAAAGUAUGUUGUCUCAAAUUUCACCGCUCCCGCUGCAGCCGGUCCCUGCUCCUCCAUGGUCAAACUACAAUACCCGUGUCAGCAUUCAUCGCUCAAUGAAAAAGAAACUGGGACACAUGGAUACUGAGUUGUAUCCUCCUGGUCAAAACCCUGGCUAUUUCAACCCGUGGGUCACCAUGCCAUACCCGACUACCCCUGCUCCGAACACACCUCAAUACGGAGGUCCGUGGCCAACUGCCAUGCCUCGAAAGGAGCUGCCGCACCACAUACAGCAUGGUGGCUGGGUACAAGUUCAACUGAAGAACAAGAUAGACACAGAAAGGGACACGCUGGCAGACAAACUCCAAGGUGAUAUCUCAAAGUGGUACUAUGCUCAACUAGAUGGCUGGUUCUUGAGUUUUUAUCAGAGCACGCCUGGUUCGAUUCGAAAGCGGGUAUCUAGCAUUGACCUCAGGUUGGUCCGUCGGACACAGACUGUCUCACAGGUUUUGGGCAAUGUCGUGAUUUUGAUCCUCGAGUCUGGGAGCUUUGAAUUCGUUGUACGCCCUGAGGAAGCUCAAGCGUGGUGUGCUGCCAUCACUGCAGCGAUCUUGGCAUGGGCACAGCUGCGAGAAACGAAGGAAGCAAAGGAAGCACAGCCUAGCGCUCCCAUCGCAAAGCCGUCACCAUCUGCACCUCACGGUGUGUCACCCAGGGGGCUUGGUCCUUUUGGUCCUCGUCCUCUGCAGAUGCAUUUGCCACCGGUGAGGCAUGCUUGGGCUGCUUGCGUCAAAGCAGUGGCACAGGGGUGUCCAGCUCCGACAGAGGCGUUCGAGGACAUUUUCAUGCUGUAUGAUGCAGAUGGGAACGACACUUUAUCCCUACAAGAAAUUCGAACAAUGCUCAUGGACUUGCUGCAGAUUAGAAAAGAUGAAGUGGAAAGCGCACUGGAAAGACAGGUCCAGCAUGUCCAGCAAAGCUGCAACGUCGGUACAUUGGAUUUUACUUCACAGUCGCGACUGAAGGAUGCUGCUCGGAACGCAGCGUCACUUGGAAAGGAUUUGCUUGCAGACUAUGCCGGCCGGCUGAGUGGUCAAGGAUUUGAGAUGAGAUGUAUUCUGCUUCAGUCUCAGCUAGAUUUGUCUGCAGAUCAGCGAGUUGCCCUGCCAGAAUUUCUGUCUGCAGCUCCUCGCGUACUUUUGCCCGAGAGUGAGUUGAAACAGGAGGCAAACUUUUACAAGUCAGUUUCCCUGGUACUGAAACUAGCGCAGAAAGCACAGUUCUUCUCCGCCCAAGGCGAUGCAGAGUGUGAGGAUUCUGGCAUUUGUGUACAUCAGUAGAAAAAAAUGAAAAACCAUACACAUUGAACCAUUAUUGUUUCUCCAUCUUGUUUCAGGAUGUUUCAGAUACGUUUGGAACAUUUUCGGACGCAGAGUAAAGUGAGUGCUUUGCAACGCGACUGAAUUGCUUAAAGAGG